AUGUUAACAAGACCAACACCCCAACGGAUAGAAGAAUUAAAAACCCGAGGUUAUACUCAAAAAGAUAUUGCCACUAUCUAUGGAAAAAGAGGUCGUAAAGGAAAAAUUGUUGAAAACAUACCUUUGAUGGUCUUAUUUUAUUGUCUUUUUGCUAAAGACAAUAAUUCGACCCAACAACAAAUAGCUAACGCUAUUUUUCAAAGAACAGGUCAAAAAGUAAGUCGUUUUUCUGUGUUACGAAAAUUAAAGCAACUUGGUAUUACUAGAAAGAAGUUAACUUAUCAUUACGUUGACCAAUUGAAACACAGGGCGAGUAUUGAAGAAUUUAAAGGGUUAAUUCCUUAUUUGCCUCAAUCGAAAAUGCUUGCCUUAGAUGAAUGUUCUUUUCACCUCAACGAAGCACCACGUUAUGGUUAUGCUCAUAGGAACCUGCGAGCUAAUUCUUGA